AUUUCCGUCGGGCCCUGGCCGCCAUUUUCUCUCCGCUUGUGUGUCUCGCCGGCUGCGUGGCUCGGUUCUUGUGAGCGAAGCUUUGUCCGGUUCGGCAAUGGACGGAAUUGUCACUGAAGUUGCAGUUGGCGUGAAGAGAGGAUCUGACGAACUACUCUCAGGCAGUGUUCUCAGUAGUCCAAACUCUAACAUGAGCAGCAUGGUGGUUACAGCCAAUGGUAAUGAUAGUAAAAAAUUUAAAGGAGAAGAUAAAAUGGAUGGUGCUCCUUCUCGUGUACUUCAUAUUCGAAAAUUACCGGGUGAAGUGACAGAAACUGAAGUUAUUGCUUUAGGCUUACCUUUUGGUAAGGUGACCAACAUCCUUAUGCUGAAAGGAAAAAAUCAGGCAUUUUUGGAACUAGCAACAGAGGAAGCAGCUAUUACUAUGGUUAAUUACUAUUCUGCUGUGACACCUCACCUUCGUAACCAACCAAUUUAUAUUCAGUACUCCAAUCACAAAGAACUAAAAACAGAUAAUACAUUGAACCAACGUGCUCAAGCAGUUCUUCAAGCUGUGACAGCUGUCCAGACAGCAAAUACUCCUCUUAGUGGCACCACAGUUAGUGAGAGUGCAGUGACUCCAGCCCAGAGUCCAGUGCUUAGAAUAAUUAUUGACAAUAUGUAUUACCCUGUAACACUUGAUGUUCUUCACCAAAUAUUUUCUAAGUUUGGUGCUGUAUUGAAGAUAAUCACAUUUACAAAAAAUAACCAGUUUCAAGCUCUUCUCCAGUAUGGCGAUCCAGUAAAUGCUCAGCAAGCAAAACUAGCCCUAGAUGGUCAGAAUAUUUAUAAUGCUUGCUGUACCCUAAGGAUUGAUUUUUCCAAACUUGUGAAUUUGAAUGUAAAAUACAACAAUGAUAAAAGUAGGGAUUAUACUCGACCUGAUCUUCCAUCUGGGGAUGGACAACCUGCAUUGGACCCAGCUAUUGCUGCAGCAUUUGCCAAGGAGACAUCUCUCUUAGGGCUUCCUGUUGCAGCUGUUCCAGGAGCUCUGAGUCCUUUGGCUAUUCCAAACGCUGCUGCAGCAGCUGCUGCAGCUGCUGCUGGCCGAGUGGGUAUGCCUGGAGUCUCAGCUGGUGGCAAUACAGUCCUGUUGGUUAGCAAUUUAAAUGAAGAGAUGGUUACGCCCCAAAGUCUGUUUACCCUCUUCGGUGUUUAUGGAGAUGUGCAGCGUGUGAAGAUUUUGUACAAUAAGAAAGACAGUGCUCUAAUACAGAUGGCUGAUGGAAACCAAUCACAACUGGCCAUGAAUCAUCUUAAUGGACAGAAGAUGUAUGGAAAAAUUAUUCGUGUUACUCUGUCUAAGCAUCAGACUGUACAACUACCUCGAGAGGGACUUGAUGAUCAAGGGCUAACAAAAGAUUUUGGUAAUUCCCCACUGCAUCGUUUUAAGAAACCUGGAUCCAAAAAUUUUCAGAACAUUUUUCCUCCUUCUGCAACCCUUCACCUAUCCAAUAUCCCUCCUUCGGUAGCAGAAGAGGAUCUGCGAACACUGUUUGCUAACACUGGGGGCACUGUGAAAGCAUUUAAGUUUUUUCAAAGAGAUCACAAAAUGGCUCUUCUUCAGAUGGCAACAGUGGAAGAAGCUAUUCAGGCCUUGAUUGAUCUUCAUAAUUAUAACCUUGGUGAAAACCAUCAUCUGAGAGUGUCUUUCUCCAAGUCAACAAUUUAAAAAAGGGGAGAUGAAGAUUGGCGGUGAAUCACAUUGUUUGGUGUCAACACCUAUUGACUGUUCAGAAAAGUGGGGACCAGAGUUUGAUUUUUUUUGUUGUUUUCUUUUUUUUUCUUCUUUUUUCCCAUGCUGUUAUCAUUCCUUGGUUAUAAAAUGAAAUGGCAUAUGUAAAGGCAGAGUUAUUAACUGCUCUCUUUCAUCUGUUCUGUAGAGAAGCCAUUUUUAUUGUCUGUUUAAAAUUUUAAUUUUACUUUCCUUUUUCAACUUAGUUGACAUACGUGCCUUAAAAAGGAAAACUAGUGUUGCUAUUGUGCAUUUACUAGAAGAAAGGAAUUGGUUGUCUAGGGCACAUUGUUAAAUGGGAAUUAACAAUAUGUUUAGGCAGGGGUGUGUAAAAAGGUUAAGUUUUUGUUUCUCCUGCUUGGAACUUAUUUUGAAUUAUUGGCUUGUCACAUUUCUUUAUAUUUAAUCAAAUAAGAUACAUGAUACUGAAAGAAUAAAGCAGCAUUUUUUUAGUUUUUACUACCUUAGGCUUUAUUGCUUUGAAAAAAACAUUGGCCUUUUGUAUCUCACAGUUCUGGUCUAGAUUCAGUUAUGAAUGUAGGCAUUAGUUAAAAUUAACAAGAUGCAGAGUAUUAAUUUCUUAAGACAACAAAGUGAUUUCUGUAAGUUUGAGCCCUAUGUGGAAAGCAUUGUGGAAUCUUAACCUUUUUGUACACACUCUUGUGGGACGUAUCAUAUAAAUGUCAGCACUAAGUAACGUCUUGUUUGUGGCUGAAUAUUUUUCGUAGAUGUUUUUGAAGUUGACAUGAUUUAUGUGCAUUUAAAUAUAUAUUGCCAUCCUUAGUUUGUAAUUAAGAUUUGGAAUACGGUUGUGGAUUUCUGAGCAUGUGCAGACUGGUCUAGCUAGUUCAGGAACUGGUGCAUGUAUUUUUCAAAGAUAAAAGAAAGUGUACUGCGAAAAUUUGCAGGAAGAUUAAUUUUGUGGCAGUUUUCUAAAACUGACAACCAGGUGGGACCAAAGUUUAUGUGCCUUUAGUCUUAAUUUACCUUGCAUUGUAAUAUUCAGUUUUAAUAAAUCUUCAAAAUAUUUUGUAUUUAGGAAUAGAUCUGACUUUGACUUUAAUAAAAACAUGGCUCAGAAUCUACAGGUCAAAUUAAUUUGAACAGUUCUUGUCAAUCUGAAUUGUUGAUUCUGUUUAAAUGACCAAUACUUUUUCAAAUUGAUGUACUUAGUUUCAAGGUUCAUAGAUUCUGUUAUCUAUGUAGACAGAAUGGUCAUGUAUAUUUUCUAUUAGUUGAGUUUUUACAUCUUUAGAAAUGUAAAAUUCAGUAUAGUUUGAAAGCGGCACAAUUAAAAAUUAAUUUUCUAACAAAGUUGGGAGGUUUGAUGGUUGUUUAAUUUCCUUUUGUGUGUACUCUGCUUACCUCUGUAGCAUGCUCAAUAAACACUUCUGUAGCUCUGUAUUCACCUUUUCUGUCUUUCUCUGCUGCCUUUUCUCUCUCUUCUUUGUUUUCACUCCACUGUGCUUCUGAAUUCAUGUUUAUUCUCUGCCAGGGUGGGAAAGGAAUAAUAAUACUACAAUUCUAUGGCUUUAUACCAUAAAUAAAUCUAGAUGCUGUGAAAAUAUACCAGCUGGUUUUUUUUUAAUUUGAAAGAUGGUAACUGCUUUUCAGGAGGACACAUAUUAAACAUUUCCCACCCUGUUAUAAUCUACUGCUUUAAAGACAUAACUUUUAUUGUAUCUUGUUAAUUCUUUCUAUCUCUUUUGUUGUUGUUGUUUUUUUUCCAGUAGAUUUAUGCACUAAUAGAUCUUUUGGAUUUGCCAUGCUCUCUUGCUGCAGUUUCAUCUUUCAUCUUUUGUGUCUGCUAAAGAUUUCCUACCUUGUGAGUUUUAACAAAGGGUACUUGAUGUUACUGGGAAGAAACAGUAUCAUACCAUCUGCUUUUGCCUUGGGUGGGAAGGAAGAUACACAUUCAGGUAUUUAUUUAAAAGUUUAAGGGUAAUUUGUGAUGUUACGAUUUUCACUUUUUAAAGGGUUUCGAUUAGGGUGCUAUUUGUACUCAAUAUUUUUGGGGGGUCACCUUUUUUUAUACAGGCAUUUUGGGUGUCUGAUAACUUUGCAGUUAUACAUGUUCCUUAAGUUUGUUCUGUUGUUAUAAAAUAACUGACAAUUAUGCAAAACUCAUACAUUAGGAAAGUUAAAAACAAAUGAAGGAGUAUGCAGUUCAUUUAAGUGUGCUAUAUUAAUAAUUCAGUCACUUCCAAGAAAGAAAGAAUAUAGUAAAUAAUUGUUUACAUUUGGGUCGACAAUGGGGGUGAUUUGGAAGCUAAAAGUUAUCUCACAUUUUUUUUUUCUUAAAAUAGCAUUGUAGUACAGAAGAACUCUAGCAACAGCACAUGAGCCUAAAAAGUCUGUAAAAAACCCAUAACAUGAAUGAAUAGUAAUCGAACAGUUUUCUCUAAGUGAAGUUUUUCUCAGUAUUGGGUGGUAGUUGAAAUAUCUGAAAGUAGGUGCUAUGUGUUUUUCAGGUAGUUCCUUGUGGCUGGGAUUGGCUUGGAAGAAGAAACAGAAGUUUUGAGAUGUCUGUGGGAACUGGGGUUGCUCCAAUUACUGAGUUAAGAAGAGGAGUUCCCAGUAUUUCUGAUGGGGGAGUGACCAGAAACCCAAGUUUUUCCUGCCUAGGGAGUGGCAGAUUCCUCAGUCUUUUAGAGUGCACUCCAGUGCAACCUUCCCUCCAAAGCACAAGUCAGUGAAGUGAGAAUUUUGACAUUUUGGAGUGCUUUAAUUUUCAUACAUUAUUUUAACCCAGUCCUCAGCAUAUAGUAAAUUGUUUAAUUAGGUGAAAAUAAUAGCUUUGUCAUCAUUAUUAUUACCACCAUAUGCCUCAGUCUUAUCUCUCAGGUGAACUAGCUAACUGAAGUGUUGUUCGUAAGAUGCAGCUGCUUGUUAAUAGAGGUCUUACCUUGAAUAUUAAGAAAGAUAACUUUAUUUUUUCCUACAACUGAGAGAGAAACUGAUUUUUUGACAUUCAGAUUUAUUUUGGAAAAUGGGUUUCAAAAUACCUACUUAAGGAAUGGAUUCAUAAAGUUUACAUUUAAUGUUAGAAAUCUAAUUUAAUAUUUGAAAGCAGCUAAGAACACCCUGGCUUAACCAGGAAUGAUAAGGAAUCAUAUUUAGUUACAUUAGGGAUAUAUUAACACUUGAGAAAUUUAAAGUUCAAAAUAUAAGGUUAGUAUAAUCAAAUUGUGGUAAUUGGUUUGUUAUUUCUAUUUUUGGAUCAACAUAUAGUUAGCAGAAAAGGACAAGUUACGUUUCUAAGCCUCAGUAUCCCUUGUGUAUGGGAAAUGUAGGCAGUACUGCUCUUCCCACCUCACAGGAUACUGUGAAACUCAAAUAGUAGGAAUGCAGAAAUGCUAUGCAAUUGAUAAAUUGCUAUGUAGGAGGAAAAGUUGCAAUGCCAGUUUCAUGUCUGCCAGAUCUUAGUUACCUACAAUAAAUAAUACCCUGAUGUCGCUUUGCUACAGAGGAUUUUUUUUUUAUGUUUUUAAGUGUUAACAUCUGCUAAAGCAAAAAGAUGUAGAAAGCAAGUCUAUAAUGCAUCCCAAAGCCAAAUGAAAGGAGAAUCUGGAUUUAGCCUUGUAUUUUCUGUUUGAACUAUUUGAUAGCCUAGUAACACAACACAGAUACAUAUUUAAUUAUGGACUCCAUUUAAAAAUGAGAUUUUCUGUGUAUAUACCUUUAAAGGUUGCUGUGAAACUGAGAGGUAAUUUUAACACAGUCUUGGGAGAAUAUGAAAAGAAAAGACGUUCUCAUGAGUAGCUUGGGACUUCAAACAAGAUUUCCUCACUGCCUUAAUAUUUUUAAAUAGAGCAAAAAUCUGAAAAUGUUUUUUCAUUCAGGAGAAAAGGGUAUGGAACUGUUUAGUGAAAUUGAACAUACAUAGGUUUCUAUUUUGGCUAAAUAUUUGUUUCAAGAAAAUCUGUUGGUAAGAAUUCAGUAGAAAAUCUCAAUUUUAAGCCACAGUAUUAGGAUAUGUGUACCAGUUAUCAAAACCCUUAAUUUUGGAGUUAUUCUUUAUUCUCCUAAGUAUACUUAUUCCCUUUAUCUUUUUUGGUUUUAGAUUUUGCAAAUAAAGUAUUAAUGAAGUUAAGUGUCAGAUUGCCCACAUUAAGGACAAAAUGAAGUGUUCAGAUACGCAGAAAAAUACAAAGAACAUAAACAGCUAUGCACUUACUAUUUCACCACCUAAUACUUCCCAUACUUUGUGUAAUUUUAAUAUAUGACUUAAAAAAAACAUUACAGAUUGAACUGAUCUCCUUUAUGUACUCUCCCUGAUAUUAGCCCCUGUAUAUCCCUUCUCCACAGGUAAUCGUUACAUUGAAUUUAGUAUGUUUUAAAUUCAGUGGUGGUUUUUCAAAGAGAAUUUGGUCUGUAUUCUGUAGUCUAAGUUGCUUUUUGUACCUAAAAAAAUACUGCAAAUAUUUAUGAUGUUUAUUAAAUGGUAUGAUAUUUUGUUCAACACACUUUAAAAUUUUGUUAAGAUUAGGAUGUCUGGACAUUAAUAAUCCCCUUAUCAAAUCUCAUGACAUUUAACCAAUUUUA